GACAGGAGGGACGCUUUGCCGUCUGCUAUUCCAACUUUUGAGCCCCAGGAGGGAGGCGCCGGGGAAGCCAGGCCGCCGGGCGGCUUUGGAAGAAGAGCAGGAGACCGUGGCCAAGAUCCGGGACUCGCUGCAAACCUGGCGCUUCCUGGCACCCGGGCUCGCUUUAGGGCCGCAGCCACCCUAUGCACCCAACGUGCGAGCAGGCGGAGCUGCGUGGCGGGACGCGGCCAAAGCCUAAACCAGAGGCCGGGGCACCCGCGCGGCUCCAAACAGCCGCCGCCGGCCGGGAGCCGGAGCGCCGCGCUCUACGUGCACUGGCCAUACUGUGAAAAACGCUGCAACUAUUGUAACUUUAAUAAAUAUAUCCCUCGAAAGCUAGAUGAGGAUGCCAUGCAAAAAUGUCUCGUGAAAGAGACAACUACACUGCUGAAACUCAGUGGAGUGCAACGAAUCGAUUCUGUGUUCUUCGGUGGGGGAACACCAAGCCUUGCCAGCCCUCACACAAUAGCUUCAGUCCUGGAGGCUAUUGCCCAGACCACCUACUUACCAGCCAAAGCUGAAGUUACCCUAGAGGCCAACCCUACCUCAUCCCAGGCAUCUAGGUUGACUGCCUUCCGAGGGGGAGGUAUCAACAGACUGUCCAUUGGCAUCCAGUCCUUAGAUAAUAAAGAACUCCAGUUGCUAGGCAGGACACACUCAGUGUCAGAUGCCUUGGGAACCUUGGAAGAGGCACGACGUGUAUAUCCAGGCCGCACAUCUGUGGAUCUCAUGUUUGGCCUCCCAGCACAGCAGGUGGAACCUUGGCUCAGGCAGCUGCAGGAGCUACUUUCCCUCUGUGAUGACCACAUCUCUCUGUACCAGCUGACCUUGGAGAGGGGCACUCUGCUCUUUGCCCAGGUCCAGCAAGGAACCCUCCCCUCCCCAGACCCAGAAGCUGCAGCAGAGAUGUAUCAGCAUGGGCGGGAGAUCCUGAGGGAGGCUGGAUUCCGCCAGUAUGAGGUUUCCAACUUCGCCAGAAACGAAGCUCUCAGCACCCAUAACUGGACUUAUUGGCAAUGUGGUCAAUACAUAGGUGUUGGGCCUGGAGCCCAUGGCCGAUUUGUGCCCUGGGGAGAUGGAGGAAGUCUCCGAGAAGCUCGAAUCCAGACUUUGGAACCUGACAAUUGGAUGAAGGAAGUUUCAAUGUUUGGGCAUGGUACCCGGAAGCGAGUCUCCCUGAGUGAGCUGGAACUAUUAGAGGAGGUUUUGGCUCUGGGGUUGCGUACAGACACAGGAAUCACUCACCAGCACUGGCUACAGUUUGAGCCCCAGCUGUCCCUGUGGGAUGUGUUUGGAGAAGCUGAGGAAGUGAGGGAGCUUCAGUCCCAAGGCCUGUUGCUGCUGGACCACAGAGGGCUUCGGUGUUCCUGGGAAGGGCUAGCUGUGCUGGAUACUAUACUGCUGAGACUCCUCCUCCAGCUCCAGAAUGCCUGGGAAAACCGACCUCCUCCCAUGCUCAAGGUCACUGAGUCAGGAGCUGCCUCCCAAAGAGAGGAUUCCUGCUUCAAGCUUGGACUAGGUGACCUCUGAGGGUGAAGAGAUGUGAACUGGAUGUUUUCACCAAUGUGACCUCAACUCUAGAAACAGUUCUCUCAGGAUUGCGAUCCAAGUCACCCAGGAAUUCUCCACCUACUGUCUCUUCAUAAGCUAAAAAUUAAACUAAGUUUUCUAAAAAUA